GCCUGCGUGGGGGAGCAUGGGCGCGUGGGAGGUUUGCGGGGGCCGGGUCUUUGGGCGUCGUGUCUCGACUGGGCGUUGCUUCCUGCUGCCUCGACCGGGGUGGGGCGAGGCUCUCUACUCCGGAGCCGGGAGCGGGCUCCUUUCGAGGCUAGACGGGAAGAGGGGCAGUUGGCUCUGGUUGUCAAGGGAGCUUGAAGCGAUCGAGGGAGGCUGAGGCACGAGGAGCGUGGCCGCCGAGUGGGCCCCUCCAGGGACUAUUCCUUCUCCUCCAAGCUUUGUUCCGACGUCCCCGAGGCGGUCUGCAGAAGGUGCCCCCCACUCUGCAGAUGGCGUCUGCGCUCGCGACAUCCGACGCCCAGGGAUCGACCCUGUAUGACGACCUAGCUGUGUAUUUUUCUCAAGAGGAAUGUGUGAGCCUGCAUCCUGUCCAGAAGUCCCUCAGCAGAGAAAUCAAACAGGAGUGUUUUGAAGAUGAGGUUUUGAUGGGAGGGGAAGGGAAGACUGAGAUUAAUCAGCAAUUAAACCAAGAGUCUAUGGAACUUGAAGAACUUUCCUUAGAAAAGUACUCCAUUGCUGCACCCCUUGUCCAUUACCCAGAAAAGUCCUCUGAGGAUGGAGUUGGAGUCCCUGAAAGGAAAUUCUCAGAUGGAACUUCCACUUGCAAGAAAAAGUUGAUAAGCCUUUUAGUUACCAUUGACAACCAUACCCCAUUAGUAGAACUUUCUCAAUGUUUAGGAACCAGAGCACUUUCUGAAAUUCUUGAAUUUCCCUGGGAAGAAGUCAAAAAUGUGUACAAGUGCCCUGAAUGUGACCAAAGCUUCAGUGAUAAUUCAUACCUUGUUUUACAUCAGAAAAUUCAUUCAGCAGAGAAAAAGUACAAAUGUGGUGACUGUGGGAAAAUCUUCAAUCAUAGAGCCAACUUGAGGACACACAGGAGAAUCCACACUGGUGAGAAGCCUUAUAAAUGUACCAAGUGUGGUGCCAGCUUCCGCCAGCAGUCACAUCUGUCCCGGCAUAUGAAUAGCCACAUAAAGGAAAAACCAUACACAUGUGACACAUGUGGGAGAGGUUUUAUGUGGCUCCCAGGAUUGGCACAGCAUCAGAAAAGCCACACUGUUGAAAAAGCAUAUGAAUGUGCUAAUGGUAGUAAAUAUUUUGAUCAGAAAACAAAUCUGGCUUUGCAUGAGAAGACACACACAUCAACUACACCAUACCAGUAUACCCAGCGUGUCAAGAACUUCAGGCAGCCCCUGUACCCUGACCUCCCUGAGAAGGACCACAAGGAGGUCUCUCACAAAUGCCAUAUUGAUGAUGAAAAUUUUUUUUCAUUCUCCAGGUUCAAACCCUUACAAUGUCCUGACUGUGACCUGACCUUUCCUUGUUUCUCUGAGCUUGUUUCUCAUCAAAACACUCAUAUAGUGGAAAAGCCCCAUAAAUGUAAAACAUGUGCAAAAAGUUUUGCUUUGGAUUCAGAACUUGCAUGCCACCAGAAGAGCCACACAAGAGAGGAACCUUUCAAAUGUACUGUGUGUGGGAAGAGUUUUAGAGUGAAUACGCAUCUUAUUACUCAUAAGCGAACCCAUAGAAAACAUACCAUGUAAACAUAAGUUUAAUGCUUGGGCUUUUCAGUAUCUGUACGGUGGAAACAGUUACUGUUUUGUGCCAGGCACUGUGCUAAGCACUUUACCUACAUUCCAUGUAAUAGCUAAUUCUCACCACAACCUUGAUUUCAGCAGUAUUGUUUCUAGUUUUUAACUAAGGAAACAUCAUCAGUGUCACAUAGUGAAUGAAGCCAUGUGUAUGAGCCAGAGAAACAAAGUACUUUUUUAAAAAAAAAUUCAGUUUUCAUUAAAAUGAAGGUUAUUGCUAGAGUUCUUUUAAAAUUUUGUGUAUGUGGUUUCUGAGUAAGUUUUAGAAAGAGGAAAAUUUAUUUAUUGCCAGUUUUGCACAUAGUACCUAGGAAAGUGAAUCAUUUUAUAUCUGUUUUAUACUUUUUUGUUACAACUAUUUGAAUGUAAUAUUUGUAUGAGAUUAUUGUUUUACAUGUGAAUUUCUAGAAGAGUUUAGAGCACUCUCCCCCACCGCAUUAAAAUCUCCAAAAUGAAUGGGACUGGUUGAUGUCUUGAUGGCAACUAGUAUCUAUGGAGUUCCCAUUCUCAGAUAUGAUGUCAGGGGAAGGUCUUGGCAUUUGUAACUCAAACAUUUGCCAGGAGUUUCAGCAGUCUUAUACCCCUUUUCUGGAGGUUAGACUUAAUUUAAGAGAGUAAGGUAUUUGAUCCUCUCUAGGGGGAUUUGCCUCCAGACCCCUACCGAAGCACAUUCCCUGACUUGUUAUGAAUAAUCAUAACUUUCUGAACAUGCUAGAUACUUUAGAUACAUUAUCUAAUUUAAUCUUAAGACUAAAUAUGUGACAGAGAAAGGGCUGUCCUUGUUUCAUAAAUGAGAAACUGAAGCCCUCAGAGAGUAAAGUCAGUACCUUGCCAAGCACACAAAGCAUUGCACCAUGGUGAAGCUGCCAUUUAAAUUUGGGUGUCUUCUAAUUCCAAAGGCUUUGCGUUCUGUGACACUUUUUGUUAUGUUUUGGGAUUCCUACCAUGUGUUAGCACUGCAAGCAGCCAGGGAGGCUGAGGCGUGGAGGAAGGUUGGUUAUUAUGGAGGCCACCCUGUGUUCUUGCAUAAUGGAACCCCUUCAUUCCCUUUGCACUUUAUCCAAAGCCUGAAUUUCAAGUAUGCUUAUAAAGCAACAGAAGACCCUCCAGGACUUGAAGUAUGAAUUUCCAUCCCUACAAUCAGAUUUGAGAUUUCAAGCUCUGUAAGCUUUUAGCUUCCAAAAAGUCAUAACACUUCCUCUCCAUCUCAAAAGACAAAUACAUAUAAAAAUUAUUAGAAUUUUAACCAAAAUACUUGAUAACAUAUAGAUUCUUAGAUAUUACUAUAUAGAAAAAUAUUGGUGCAAAAUAUUAAAUAGUAUGGUUAUUAAUGUUAAGCAGAGAUGUUAUAAAUAUAUAAAUAGAAUUUCUCUUUACAGCAAAAUUGAUUGUAUACCCAUCAGCAAAACAACAUUUAUGUGGUCUUUUGAUUGAGAUAUAAGAAUGGUCUUACUCUAUUCAAAUAGUAUAAAAGUAUAGUAUUUACUAAAGUGGAAUUAUUGCUUGGAAAUCUCAUGAGCAGAAAUAAAGACCUCUUGAGGACCAGUUGGAUGGAAGUAGUAUCUGGAAGGUGGUUUUGAACUAAUUAGCUGGUUUGGUUGUUGAUGCAGUAAUGAAAAUGUAUAUUAUACAGUUCCUCAACGUGAUUGCUGGAAUAUCAGUUUCUGCUAAACUGUCAUCAUUGAUGAAAAUAACAUUUUCCUAAUGGAACUUAGAUGCCAACAGUUUACAUUUUAUAACUUAAGAAAUGGUGAAAUUGUGGUGUUUUCCUUGAAGGAGCUGAACUAAAAAUAGUUUCAUUCAGAGUUGUGUUGUUACAAGUAAUAGUCUAUUUAUAGUCCCCUAUGUAACACUGAAAAUGACUGACUCAGGUAUUCAGGGUGUUAAAACGAAAAACAAAUGACAUUUCUUAGUAAAUGCCAAUUAUGAGUCUUUUAUUCCUGAGAUUCCAUACAAUAAAGUGGCAGUCUUCUGGUGACUGCAACAGAAGAUGUAAUACAAUCUGAAACUGCAGAUCUUGCUCCAAAUAAGUGGCAACUUAUUGUGAAUGUGUUCAAGGGGAGACAGCAGGUUAUAGUUGGUCUGAAUAAAAAGUUCAUGUUGAAUGUUCAUUAAUGUCAUUUUCCCUGUGAGAACUUAGUAGGAAAGUAUUUUUGCUUGGACCAUCUGUUUAAAAGUAAAUGAUCUUUAUUAGAUAUGUGCAUAUUCAUCUGUAUUUGUCUUGUAGAUUAGGAGAGCUGUUGAUGGCCAUUAUCCAUCUUUCCAAGGUCCAUCUGACUUCAGGUGUUUUUUAUUUUAAAAUUGAUAACCCUCCCUGCAUGAAUAAUCUAGGGAAGAGAGGGAUACAACAUAUGUCAUAUAUAAACCUAAGAAUAUGCUGUAAUCUUUAGUUCCUUUGGAUACCUCAGAGUAUGUUUGCUGUAAGCACUUCUGUUUGUUUAAUGUUUCAACUUUACUGUUUUUGGUGCAUUCUCAUUGGUCUUAGCUCUAGAUUGCAAUAUUUCAGCAGUGGUGAUGUGUAUCUGAUGUGCAAUUUGUCAUCUAAUAAAUGUUUUUUUUAAUGAGGA